CUUUGUCAGACUUUGGCGAACAGUAUGACUAAAGUUAUAUACAUCAAAGAAACACUAGACGGAAAUAGUGUCAAGCCAAAGUCUUUCAAUUUAUCUGUCAAACGCAACAACUAUUGUCUCUCCCAAGAAUAUCUCACUCGCAAAAGUAAACGCACGCUCGCUCCGAAAAAUUGAUAGUCAAAAAGCUAUCGCGGAAUGCACACAGCACGCGCGCGACGUGUGCCCUUCUUCGCGCAAAACAGCAGCAGCAGCGAAGGGAGGACACAAGCACUCGCCACGACGUUUUCCCCGAAUAUCGAUCUGUGUAAUAUUGUGCGCUGCUUGAGGGGGCCGCGACGGCGCCGCAUCGGUGUGCUCAACAGUUGACGUCGCGCCACCGUCGAGUGUACACUGUAUAGUUCCGCCCGCAGUGCGUAUAUAUCGCAAACGCGCGCGCGUGCGUGAGUGAAUGUUUAAGGUUAGAUUUUCAGCUGAAAAAGUCAUAGUGUUGGUUGACAGCAGCGCAACUCUCGUGACGCGCGAUAAGGAUGUGUAGCUGGUACACCAAGUGUGGUGGUGGCAGACGAAGGCCUUGAAAAAAAAAGCCAAGCACUGCGACUCUCCUCUCCGUCGCGGAAGCCCUCGCGAUGCAGUAACGCGAGAACUUGUUGCGCAAUAGUUUGCUUCGUCUUAUGGACGAUGAGGGAACAGCACUAGCGGAAUAAAAAGCGCGAUGGAUUUCGCGGAGAGCAAGUACGCCAGAUGGCUAAGCGCAUUGAGGGCGCGCGCUGACGCGUACAUUUAUUCGCACACACGGACAGGACGAGCAGCCGAGAAUGGUGGUUCGUCGGUAGAGCAAGCGAACAGUCAAGACGAGAGGGUCGUAUUCAUUAACGCCCCACAUCAGCCAGCAACGUACCGUAACAACCACAUAUCCACAGCCAAGUAUUCUAUCUUGUCGUUCAUACCGUCCUUCCUGUUCGAGCAAUUCCGACGCUACAGCAAUUGCUUCUUCCUCUUCAUCGCUCUUAUGCAGCAAAUACCAGAUGUAUCGCCGACGGGUCGGUAUACAACCCUCGUACCGCUCAUAUUCAUCCUCAGUGUGUCGGCGCUCAAAGAGAUUGUCGAGGACAUCAAAAGGCAUCGUGCCGAUGAUGAGAUAAACAAGCGGCAAGUGGAAGUUCUGCGCGAGGGCCGUUGGGAAUGGAUUCAGUGGCGUAACGUUGCGGUCGGCGAUGUCGUUAAAGUGCACAACAACAAUUUCUUCCCGGCUGAUUUGAUAUUGCUGUCGUCGUCGGAACCGCAAUCCAUGUCAUUCAUCGAGACUGCCAAUCUCGACGGUGAGACUAAUUUGAAAAUCAGACAAGCUCUGCCGGAAACAGCUGUGUUUUUGGAUACCGCGGAAUUGAUGAAUUUGAGGGCAAAUAUACAGUGCGAGGCCCCGAACAGGCAUCUUUACGAGUUUAAUGGGAUUUUGAGAGAAACUAAUAAGCCGAGUGUUGCUUUAGGACCCGAUCAGUUACUUCUUCGCGGUGCGAUGUUACGCAAUACUCGGUGGAUUUUCGGUGUGGUCGUUUAUACUGGCCACGACACAAAACUCAUGCAGAAUAAUACCCAUACCGCACCGCUUAAACGUUCAACGUUGGAUCGUCUUAUCAAUACUCAGAUACUCAUGUUGUUCUUUAUUCUACUGCUGCUGUGCCUUUUGUCCGCUAUCUUCAAUGUUCUCUGGACUAAUGCCAAUGAUAAUGGACUUUGGUAUCUUGGUCUUACCGAGGCUAAAUCGAAAAAUUUCGCCUUCAAUCUAUUGACAUUCAUUAUCUUGUUCAACAAUUUGAUCCCGAUAUCGCUCCAAGUGACACUGGAAGUCGUGCGUUAUAUACAGGCGACUUUUAUUAAUAUGGAUAUUGAAAUGUAUCAUUCGGAAUCUGACACACCUGCCAUGGCACGCACGAGUAAUCUUAAUGAAGAACUUGGUUUGGUUAGUUAUGUAUUUUCUGAUAAAACAGGUACUCUCACGAAAAAUGUUAUGGAGUUUAAAAGAUGUUCUAUUGCUGGUAAAACUUAUGACUUACCUUCACCCACUUCAGCUAACGGCGAUGCAACAUCAAUCGACUGCGAGUUAAUUCAAGAUAUUUUGCAAGGUCGCUUAAAGAAUCCCGACCAGAGUUCAAGUACAAAGAAGAUCAAGCACGCAAGUAUUUUACACGAGUUCAUGGUUAUGCUAUCAGUAUGUCACACUGUCAUUCCGGAGAAAGUCGACGACAACAUAAUCUAUCAUGCAGCGUCACCUGACGAGCGAGCACUCGUAGAUGGUGCCAAAGCUUUUGGAUAUGUUUUCGAUACCCGAACGCCAAAUUCUGUUGAGAUAUCUGCUCUUGGCGAGAGAGAAAAAUAUGAGGUACUGCAUGUAAUUGAGUUCACAUCCACGAGGAAAAGAAUGUCAGUGAUAGUGAGAACCCCAUCUGGACAGAUUAAGAUUUAUUGCAAAGGUGCAGAUACCAUGAUUUAUGAGAGACUUAUCACCAGAACGUCCGAGGAAGAUGCCCAGUCUAGGAGGUCACCUGAUAUUGAAGAUUAUAGGGAGACCACUUUGCAGCAUCUUGAAUUGUUCGCAUCGGAAGGCUUAAGGACACUGUGUUUCGCUACUGCAGAGAUUCCGGAAAAUCGAUACAACUGGUGGAAAGAUAUUUGGCACAAAGCAACGAACACCGUAUCAAAUCGCGAUGAGAAAUGCGAAGAAGCUGCAAAUUUGAUCGAGACGCAAUUGACAUUGUUGGGUGCAACUGCUAUCGAGGAUCAGUUACAAGAUCAAGUACCAGAGACGAUUGAAGCCCUCAUUCAAGCGGAUAUUAACGUUUGGGUUUUGACUGGCGACAAACAGGAGACUGCCAUUAACAUUGGCUACUCCUGUAGACUGAUUACUCAUUCUAUGCCUUUAAUUAUUAUCAAUGAAAGUUCCUUAGAUAAAACGAGAGAAGUAAUAAUCCAGCACUGCUUGGAUUUUGGACAGGAUCUUAGGUGUCAAAAUGAAGUUGGCUUAGUUCUCGAUGGACAUAGCUUAAAAUAUGCAUUGUCGUGUGAUUUGAGAAGAGACUUCUUAGAUUUAUGCACUUCCUGUAAAGUGGUCAUUUGCUGUAGGGUUUCCCCUAUGCAAAAAGCUGAAGUAGUUGAUUUGGUAACGAGUAAUACAAAAGCUGUGACGUUGGCCAUUGGUGACGGUGCAAAUGACGUUGCUAUGAUUCAAAAAGCGCACAUUGGUGUUGGCAUUUCCGGGGUAGAAGGUCUGCAAGCAGCCUGUGCCUCCGAUUACUCAAUAGCUCAGUUUCGAUUUCUGAAGCGAUUACUAUUCGUACACGGUUCGUGGAACUACAGCAGGAUGUGCAAGUUGAUUUUAUAUUCGUUUUAUAAGAAUAUCUGCCUGUACGUCAUUGAGCUGUGGUUUGCUAUUUAUUCCGGCUGGUCCGGACAGAUUCUUUUUGAGAGGUGGUCUAUUGGUUUAUACAAUGUUGUAUUUACGGCAGCUCCACCAUUAGCCAUAGGUUUAUUUGAUAAGGUGUGUUCAGCGGAAACGCAUUUAGCUCAUCCAAGUUUAUAUGCUGCAAAAAGCGCUACUGAAUCUACGUUUAGUAUUAAGGUAUUCUGGGUAUGGAUAUUCAACGCAUUACUUCACUCAGCAUUACUCUACUGGCUCUCCCUACUGGCGGUUGAGAAAGAUGUCAUUUGGUACAACGGCCGUGAUGGUGGCUACCUCGUUUUAGGGAAUAUUGUUUAUACUUAUGUAGUUGUGACUGUAUGCGCAAAGGCUGGUCUGAUAACGAACUCAUGGAAUUGGGUGACACACUUAGCUAUCUGGGGAUCUAUUAUACUUUGGUUCCUAUUCGUUUUAAUUUAUAGCAACUUCUGGCCAAUUUUUAAUGUUGGAGCACCGAUGCUUGGGAACGAUAGAAUGCUAUUCUCGUCACCUGUAUUCUGGCUUGGACUCAUUCUCAUUCCACUUGCAGUGUUAAUGUUGGACGUCAUAGUUAAAGCUGUAAAAAAUACGAUAUGGAAAUCAGCAUCCGAGGCCGCAAGAGAACAAGAGAUUCGAAAGUCAGGUGACCCAGGUGAUAUAUUCCACACUCAAGACUAUAGGAGCUCAUCCGUGCAUGCCAUUGCCGACAUUGCGAGGUGUAUUGAUGCACGGACACCGUUAUUUUCAAGGGGGUUGCAUAUAUUGACGGAGACGGCGCGGCUAUUGAAAAACGUUAAAAGUGUAUUCACCAGGCGAUCGAACGCCGCAGCCAGGCUUAAUGUCGAGGUGGAGCUAUCACAUGGUUUCGCUUUCUCGCAAGAAGAAGGCGGUACGGUGUCGCAAGCGGACGUGAUACGGGCCUACAACACGAAUCUGCCGAAGCCAGUUGGGAUGUGAGGUGGAUACGCGAGCACUUCGUUGGCGGCAGUGUGAGCAGCAGCACCGUCGACAGCGAGGUCGCCAACUAGCGCCGGCGUCGCCGCAUCCAUGGCUAAUCUUCUCUACAUAUAUCGGAUUAUCUGUGUACAUAAGUGUUAUACGUGUUAUUGGUAGCUAGCUCGCCCUCAAACUAUAACUUGCUCGUGGUACGUGUGACGUUGCAACGUGUAUUAUUGACAAAUUGAAAGUAUCGUGUAAAUAUCCAAUCGACCAUUGCAUUUGAUGAUCAGUUCACUCUCCCUCGUUAGGUCGGUCUAGGAAAGUGUACGUGUAAUCGAUUGUUAUUGUAUACCUCCCUCGCGCUUCCCGCAUCCACCACGACAAGAGAAAACUCGUGUACAUAUAUAUAGCAUCGCGCAGCUUAUCAAAGAUCAGAUCUAGUCAGCUCUCAUCAAUAUUUAAGUUUUACACCGACUUCCCUUCUUUUGUAUUCAUCGAGCGCCUGUAUUUUUAGCUCGCUAUACCUAUUACAGGACGCUACACUUUGCCCGCUGGAAAGAGCAAUUGCUUGUUUGUCUUUUC